AUGCAGGAAGCAAAGAUAUCUGAUUGUUUACAUAUCUACACAGGUGCCAUCUGUGAGGAGGACACUAAAACAUGUGAACUGCUACCGUGUCAGAAUGGUGGCGUUUGCGAGAGCCAUCAUGGAGGCUACAGGUGCCUCUGCUCUCAACAGAGCCAAGAUGGCCAUCUGUACGGAGGUGAGAACUGUACAGUCGCCCUCCUGGGCUGCGACGGCAACCGCUGCAAGAAUGGCAGCAUCUGCUCUCCCCUCUUCCUGAACGACCGCCACACCUACACCUGCACCUGCCGUGCGGGCUUCACCGGCUCCAACUGUCAGACGUCCACCAUCUUCUCCUUCGAGACCAGCGGCUACAUGUACGUGGAGACCCAGCUAUCGGACCCUGAAAUACCUCUGAAUGUCACCCUAAGCUUCAGGACGGACCGGCACGUCGGCACCCUCCUCCAGCGCCGGGUCGAAGACUUGCUGCUCACCAUCGAGCUGGUCGACAGCCACUUACGCCUCAGCAUGCUAAGAGGUCAAGAGUCAAGAAGGGCAGUGGUUCUGGAGCUACCGCCGAGAGUGUCGGAUGGCCAGUGGCACACAGUGGAGGCCUGGCUGGGCAGUGAGGCGGAGGGAAGCGGGAUCAGAUUGCUUCAGUCCUCCUGUGAUGAGGUGGGCUGCACCAAGGAGUUCCCAACCACCGACACCCCCCUACUGGAGCAAGGCUCCGGCCUCUCCGAGUCCGGCUCAGUCCGUCACAGCCUCUUCCUAGGAGGUGUGGGACUGGGCUGGGGCUCCGGUGUGGUAGCAGGAAAGAGGACGCCUGAGGCUGCUGACCCGCCUGUCCCGCCUGCCCACUUCCUGGGCUGCUUUCGGGACGUGUUUGUGGAGUCACGGCUGGUGGUGCCUGCCCCUGCCAACUCACCGGCUCAGAUCAACGUCACAGCGGGGUGCAGCGACAAGGACAAGUGUGACGACAGCCCGUGUCAGAACCGCGGGCAUUGCAUAAACCAGGGAUGGAGGAGCUAUAUGUGCGAGUGCUACAGACCAUACAAGGGGACUACUGACUGUGCUGAGGAGUACAUCACCGCCAAGUUUGGGUACGAGGACGUAGCAAGCUAUGCCGUCUUCUCCUUGGACGAUCCCCUGGGUUCUGGCACCAUCACCAUAUCCAUGUUUGUGCGUACCCGGCGCCCCAGUGGCCUUCUCCUGGUCCUGGCUAACAGCACCAGCCAGUACCUCCGCCUGUGGCUGGAUGACGGCCGGGUCAAAGUUCAGGUGAACAAUUUUGAGAGCCUGACGGGAAGCAAAGUGGUCAGUGACGGCCACUUUCACUUGGUGACGGUGCAGCUGGAGGGCGACUCUGUGACCCUGUUCCAGUCGGCCCAGAGCCAUGGAACCAUUCCCAUCCGGCCCGUGGUGGCGCAGCCAGGGGACCUGGUCUACGUUGGGGGCUUGUCUGACCAGAGAGCCUCAGCCUCCUUCGGGGGUUACCUGAAAGGCUGUGUCCAGGACCUGAGAAUCAACAAUAAACGGCUGCAGUUCUUUCCCAUAGGAACUCCGGUGGCCUCAUACGGUGUGGAGGAGCUGGUCAACGUCACAGAGGGAUGUAUGAGUGACAACGUCUGCAGUAACAUCCCAUGUCUGAACGGCGGAGUGUGCUACUCCAUGUGGGACGACUUUAUCUGCAAUUGCCCACCCAACAUUGCAGGGCGGCGCUGUGAGGUGGUCAAGUGGUGUGAGCUGUCUCCGUGCCCCUCGACCGCAGCCUGCCAGACCCUCUCACAGGGCUUUGAGUGUGUGUCCAACGUGACCCUUCGGAAUGACAGCAUACUUUCCUACAGAGGCAACGGGAAGAUCAGGCACCACCUCAGCAGCGUCCUCCUAAGUGUGCGAACCAGACAAACGAACGCCACCCUCCUACACACCAAGAAAGGCUCUGAGUUCAUCACCAUCUCCCUCCAGGACUCUCACCUCCUGCUAGAACUACAGGCCGGUGGUGGCGAGGCCUCCCCCAAGCUCACUGCCCAGAGCCGGGGCCUGGUCAGCGACGGCAAGUGGCACAUGGUGGAGCUCUCCAUGGAAGCCCCAGAUCUACAGACCUCCAGGUGGAUCAUGAUCCUGGAUGGGGGAAGAGAUGGAGUAGAGGAGGAGCAUGUUGUGUCCAAAGUCGCCUCUGGGAGCCUGGCCUUCCUCAGGGAGGGAGUGGACAUCCUCCUGGGAGGUCUGGGACCAGAGGCUGGGGGGAAUUUGGAUGGAUGUCUGGGCCCUGUCCAGAUCGGGGGGCUCCCGCUGCCCUACUAUGGAGAUACUGACCUGAACCUUCCCAGGCCCCAAGAGGGGCAGUUUGUGAGGACCCCCAGUGCCGUCACCCCACUAUAUGGCUGCCGGGGGGCUAGUGUGUGCACGCCGAACCCUUGUCUAAACCAGGGGGUGUGUGAGGAACUCUUUGACCUCUCCCUCUGCAGGUGCCCUCCUGAGUGGAUGGGGCCACAAUGCCAGAAUGACGUGGACACCUGCGCCGUCAAGCCCUGUGUCCAUGGCAACUGCAGUGUGUUGGGGGAGGGAUAUCUAUGUGCGUGUGAGCCGGGGUAUGGGGGGACCAGGUGUGAGAAGGACGUGGAUAUGUGUGAGAACAACAAGUGCGGCCCGGAGGCCACCUGUCUCAGAGGCCUCCUGAACUAUGCCUGCCACUGCCCCAGGAACAUGACCGGGCCCUUCUGCGAAUACCACAACCUGCCCACGUCCGUGUGUCCUGGAGACAGAUGGAAUUACAGCUGCUUCAACGGGGGGAACUGCUCUAAGCAAGACUACACCUGUGACUGUCUGCCCGGUUUUAUAGGGCAAUGGUGUGAGAUAGACUUUGAUGAGUGUGCGUCGAGCCCCUGUGAAUACGGAGGCUACUGCCACAACCUUGUCAACCACUUCCACUGUAUAUGUGAGAUGAACUUCUCAGGUGACCAGUGCCAGAUCGAUGUCAGCGACUUCUACUUUUACCUGGCCUUGUUGCAAUUCCAAUACAUGUUCCAGCUCAUGUCCUACCUUAUCUUGCACCUCGACGAUGGCCCAGAGAUCGACUGGGGACAACUGCAAAUAGAUGACAACUAG